GCUCCACUUGGUUUGGACGAAACCUUCUUGCACUCUAUCCCAAUCCUCAAAAACUGGCCAUUGAACCUCCCUCAAUAGUUAUGCGGAGUUGGUUGAGAAAUAAUUUCUUUACAAGGAUUAAGGAAAGAGAAGAAAGAGAAAGAUUAGCGUUUUUUAAGAAUGGAAGCAAGCUAUUGGAGAAGCUGAUUGUCUCUUGCAAUGGCAAGCCUAUUCCCAUCCGUAGCUUCUCCGCUCAACAGCUCUGCCUAGCUACCAACAACUACAAUAAUCAUUGUGGAAUACGUUGGUGCAAGGGCUCUCUUGAAGGAAGAGUUGUUUUCGUUAGGCAAUUUCCUAACUCGAAAAUUUUGACCGAUUGUGUCAUCAAUGAUUUAGCAAUCUCUGCAAAGAUGUGUGCUCACAGUAAUGUAUUAAAGCCUAUAGGGUGUUGUCUCAACACUCCAUGUCCCAUUUUAGUGUAUGAAUUUGCUGCCAAUGGUAUCCUUUCAGAUCGAAUUUAUGCCUCUCGUGUCACUCAACGAUACCAUGAUCAGUCCAUGGCGUGGGCAAGCAGGUUAAAGAUUGGAAGGCAGAUUGCUCAUGCAAUUUCCUAUCUCCAUACUGGCUUCUCUAGACCUGUCAUUCACAUGGGUAUACAUAUGGAUAGUAUCUUAUUAGAUGAACAUGAUGUUCCCAAAUUGUCCAACUUUUUGGCUUCUAGAUUAAUCCCUGAGGGUGAAACUGAUGUGGAAACUAAUGGCAAUGUUUGGUAUUCGAGGUUCAAAACCCCUGAGAUUAAAGCAACAGGUAAGGCAACAGAAAAAACUGAUGUAUAUUACUUCGGUAAUCUUCUUCUAGAACUUUUAACCGGAGAGGAUUCGUAUAAUAUAACCCAAUUGACAAUUGACAAGAAAUCUAGUUUAAUAGCCUACAUGCAUACCCGUGCCGAAGGUUAUUGCAUAAACAAGAUCGUGGAUCCUACAAUCUUGGUAGCAGAAGGAGGUGCUAGUUUAGAGCUGCAAUUACAAGCUGUGUUGCAGCUUGCCUUAACAUGUACAGAGGAAGACCCACUGAAAAGGCCAACGAUGGUAGAUGUCACCAAAGCACUCAGGCGGAUUGAGAGGUUAGUUCCAUGAUAAGUUAUUUUCUCACUUGAUUGAUCCCAAGUUCCUUUCCAACUAUCAAAUAUUUGACGUGUCGUAUUUACCAAAAGGAUUUGGUCUUGUAUGAUAGCUCUGUUAUGCUUGGAAAAUAAUGUAGGCUGUUGUUGUGAGGUCUUGUAACGGACUAACGGGGCAUAAGAUAUUUGAAGGUGAGAAGUUUCAAGGUCUUGUUAUCAACGAUAUGUAAAUUAGUUGAGAAUAAAUUGGGUCCGGAGCUGGUGUAAAACGAUAUG